CCCUUCAUCUAAUUAAUCUAUCUUCCUCACUAAUUAUUCUGGUAUAUCAUUAUCUUGAACAGAUCUAGGAAAAAAAAACAGAGAUUCCCCCAAGCACAUCAACCUCUUCUGCAGUGCCCUUAAGCCCUCAAACACUCGCUCUCUCAAAUGUUGGAAAUCAAAACCCUCAUUUUCAGAGUUUCAGUCAUUGUGUGCUUAGGAAGAAGAUGAAAAAGAGAAAGAAGAAUCAUCAGUUGUUGUGUGCAUAAGAUUUUUCUCUCCAGGCCUUUUACCCCAAGUCCAAGGCCGACCCAACCAAGCUUAGGAACUUUGAGAGAGAGAGAGAGAGAGAGAGGUUGACGGCGAUGGCUCGAGGUGGGGCUCGAUCUGGGUUUCUGGUUUUCGAAAGUUGGUGACGGCUUUGGUUUCUGGUUUCGACCCGUACCAACAGAGGCGGGUCUGCUUUCAGAUCUGGGUUUGACAUUUACAGAAGGCAAAAGAAGGAAAAGUUGCAGAAGGUUAAGAAGGAAAGUUGUUCAGAUGAUGAUUCUUCCUCUGAUUUUUUUUUUUUUUAUAACUUUUCAUCUGAAUCUGAAGAUGAGGUAUUGUAUUUGACUAUUUAUUUGUCUACAUAGAUUCAUGUGGGGCCUUGAUAAAGAAGAAAAUUUUCCAGCAUAGAACAAAAUUACUUUGGAUUUUGAAUUGGUAUUGUUGUCCUGACUUUACCACAAGCAUUCGGCGAGGCUAAUUGGGUUCUGCGAGGAGAAUGAUGAGAUGGAGAAAGAGGUGAGUGAGAAGAAGAAAAGGUAUUUGUGUUGAUUUCGAUGGUGUGGGUGAUUUCCCUGUUUUAUUGUCUGAUUUUGAGAUGGGUAAAAAAAUAUGGGGUUUUUACUUUUUUAUGAUGGUGUGUUGAUAAUGAUUAAGAAGAUGAUGUUGUUAAUUUAUUAUCAGUUUCAGUUUUUUAAAUAAUUAAUAAUUUAAUUAAAAAAAGAAAAAAAUCCACCUGGCCUCAUUAAUCCCACGUGGUUAUGCCCCAUGGGCCACCGCCCACCGGAGCUCCGGCGUUGACCCAGAGCUCCGGAGGGACCAAAAUCAAACCUUUUGGCAAAGAUUAGGGACUAAAGCCCACCUUUACUCCGACGAGGGACGAAAACCAAGCAUUUUGUAAAGGAUGAGUAAUGAUAUAUACACACCUCAUUUUUUAAACACUCAAUUUCCACCUCUUUUUAUUUCUAUCUCUCUCAUCUUAUUAUUUAUCACAUCUCAUAUUUUCUCUCUCUUACUUUUUCUUUUCUUCCUAUCUCUCUCAUCAUUUCACCUCUCCACCUCAAAAGAGAGGUGUGGAUGAAACAUUACCCAUCAAAUAGAGCCCAGGGCCAGUACAAGGUUCAAAAGGCCCAUGGCUAUUACAAGCCUAAAGAACAAAAGAUGGUCUAAGCAUAUCAUGCCAAAAGGAGACCUCAAAGGUUCUCAUGAGGCCCAAAGCAUAAUAAAAGGUAAGAAUAUGAAAGAAUGAAUAAUAAAAGAGUUGAAAAUUCAGUUUCUAAAGAAGUGAUCUUUACCUUUUUCACUUUACACAAAAGAGCAAGCCAUUUCAUAUAUUUGUCAACAUCUUUUUGCAUUGAAGUAAUUGGGAGGAAUAUUAGUAGAGUUUGCAAAUUCCCACCCCAAUACCGUCUCUUGUUCUCUUUUUGUUAUGUGUGUGAGACACGUAACUCAUAUUGCAAUAAACUUGUUCUUAAAGGACCCAAACAAUAGCUCAAGGGGUAAAAGCCGAGGAACAUAUGAGUUGGGGAUGAAAAAGUCGUGGGAUCAAUUAUUGAAAGAUGUAAUUUAUCUUUCUGAUGUAAAAAAAUAUUGCAAUUAACUUACACAGAGAUACAUUUUCAUCACUUUUUAAUUUACUUGCUCUAUGCUCAAUUAGUCAAUUAAUAUGAAUCAGUAAAAAAAGUGUACCGACAAAAAGGGGCUACUAUUGAUGAAUAGCAGCACAAGUUAUGUAGGACUAGAAUAAAAUUCUGCAUGUUUGGCCGUCUCAUUUAAUUUCACAAACUGCUUAAUUCAUUCAAUUGAUAUGCAAGUUAAGAUAAAUACUAGAGCAUACAAGCAUGACUAAUACAAUUACUCAACAUAAUAAUAUCAAGGGUAGAAACUGUAUCUCAAAUUGGCUCAAAUCCUUACAUUUCUAUGUCUUUGGCUAAAGGUUGAAAAGCCCUCCAAAAGUCUUCCAAAUUGGUGUUCAACUCUAAAAAUAGAGACAUAAGACAUAAUCAGCAAUAUUUAAGUAUUAAUGUUUCUAAAAGCAUGAAAAUGCACUAUCAAUUUUAAAUUCGGACAUUUCAUUUCGUAAGAUUAAUCAUUUCUCGUGUUCCACGGAACAAUAACACUAACUGACAUAAGAUUUAUGACACCUGCAGUUUAUAACAGUUAGAAACUGAUAUAAAUUACAAAAUUUACUAACCGCCACAAAUUGAAAUAUGUCAAGUCAAGUGUCUACCAAUAUUCAACUUUACAGGAAUCAUUUUUUGUUAUUAUUAGUAGCUGUAGAAGUAAACCUUGUGUUCCCCACACCUCCAGAAAAGGAAAAAUAAAAAGCAAGAAUCCUUUCAGUUCUAACCAGGGCGCGCAAGUGGAAUGAAAACCAAAUAAACUGUGGAAUGGCAUGUGUGUACGUGGCUUAUCCUCAACCCCGCAUAACACAGCUUCUUGUGACAGCUAAUGUUCUAGUAGCAGCAACUGCAAUCACUCUCUACUUUUUUCUAACAUAUUGAUUUUUGUGUGUUCCUAAUCAACAGGUAUGUUACAUUCAAUAUUCAAUUUUGCUCAAUAAUGAUGCCUUAGGAUUUUCAUGGUAGAUUAAUUCAGACACAUGAUGUUUUUCAUGCUACUAGAGUUAGAAGCAAGGGUCAUCUUUAUAUUAUUGAAAAAUAUUAUACUUCUAUUGGUAGUAGUUUGAUUCAUAGAAGGAAUUGGGAUGCAUGUGUUGUGUUACUUGAAAUUCUAUGGUGUAAGUGUUUCUUUUGUUUUUUCCAUGAUGAUAUUUUUUUUUAUCAGUGUUUUGACUUUCAUUGUUUGCAAUUAGCUAGAAAUUUAGAAGUAUAAAGGGGCUAAUUACAUCCUCAUUCAUACCCUACACAGAUUUUUCAUUUGGCCUAUUACAGAGAAACCUAAUGAUAUUUCAGGUCCUUCUGCUGAAUACUGAAGAUGAGUUCAGAAAGCAAGAAAAUGAAAUCAAAGAUUGAUUUAGAGCUGGUUCUGAAUUAUACGAAUCAAAAUGUUCGGAAGAAAUUGAAAAAUGAUUGGUGUGCAGUAUGGUUCUUGCUCUGCUACAAAGCGUUGCCGGCGGCAGUUCUACCACAGAAAAACCUGUAGAUGAUGCUUUUGUUGAACCUAUUGCUGUCAUAUGUACAAAGAGUGAGGUUUCUUCAACAGAUACUCCCUCUAGGAAUCCAACAAGUGAUUCGGUUAUCAUUGUUUCAGACCAUGAAACUUGUGAGGAAAAUGAUACAGGACCUAGUUAUAAUAAGGAGAAAAAGGCCACCACUGCAAGAGGAGCACCUAAUUCACCAAAUGGUCAGAAUGAGAAUUUAAUGAACUAUUCACAGAAUAUUUGUGCUCAGGCCAAAAUUGGAUCAGCUACAAAAUUUGAGAUCAAGGAAAAUAAAUCUUACAUUAUUUCAGGUCAGGUUGACCAAAGGCCUGCUGGCAAUUUAUUACUUCAAGCAGAUGAACCUCAACAAAGUCCUUCCCUAAGGAAUCAUUGCAAUGGAGGCAUGAAUGCUGGUGUUACCAACCAGAUUGUUGGAUUUGAAGAUGGCUUAUACACUAAUGUUGUGCAUGUAACUGAAUGUGAACGUUCUGGCAUUAGUCUCUCAAAAAAAUUGAAAUCAACUAUGGAGAAUGAUUUACAAACUUCAAACUGUGAGGCUAUUUCUGCAUCAGCAAGCAGAAUUAUGGUUUCAAAAUCCAAUGAGGAUAAAAAAUCCCAGGUCAAUGAAAUGAUGGUGCUACGCAAUAAGAACAUUCCAGUUAUGCAUUCUCGAUGUGAUUCCACAAUUCAUAUGGCAAGCAUUGACGGUAACAAGUUGUCGUCAGAUGAGGAUUCAAAUGUGAGAUUACUAGAAGAGAAUUGCAGCCAUUGUGCAAGCUGCCAUAGAACUGAGUUGGUUUUGUCUGGUAGAAAGAGAUGUAAACAGGAAGUCAUGAUUGGGAGUAAAAAAGUCAAGAAGCAAAUUCAAGAAACUUCAUGUUGUUAUGUUAAUCGGGAAAGCUCAUUCAUGAACUUGGUUUCAAACAUGAUGAAAGGAUACUCACUAUCAACUCAAGAUGAGGACAAGUCUUUGGCUCUUGCCGUUGAUUGUUCUGAUCGUCAUCUUCCAUGGAAUGAUCAGGAACUUAUCACAUGCUAUAAGAAUCAAGAUCCAGAGGUAAGAAAUAAUUUGAAGUCCAUAUAUUGUCCAAGCUUUGAGAAUGUUGCAACAAGAAUGUCUCAUCAAGUAGGAGAUGCUUCUAAAGAUUUUGAGCAAGGUAAAAGGGUACAUGGAAUAGAUGCUACUCCAAUCAACUGUUGUGCAGAGAACAAUUGCCUUUACAGACUGAGUAUGCAAUCAAAUAAGUUUGAAGUAUCUAAAGGGAGAAACGAAGCUGGUCCAUCCUUGCAUUCUUCUUCAACUAGACAAAAUAAAAAUAAUGAUGAGAAUGUUGAGUCCUUGGAGCUGUAUGAUAGGAAGGAAUUCUGUCCCAAAAGUGAUACCUUGGGAGAUCUGUGGAUAACUCGAUUUUCACCGAAGUUAACUGCCCCCUUGAUGAUUGUUGAUCAACUUAAUGAGAAAUGUGGUUCUGAAGUUCUCUCUGAUUAUUGCUCAAUGAUUCCUCAUUUCCAUAAACAGAUUUCCCAUCUCAACAACUGCAAGGUUGAAGAGACAGGAGAACAAUCUGCUGAUGAACAAUUGUUCAGUGAGACUAGAAGAUUACAGAAUUGUUUUAUCAACAAAGAGGCAUCAACUGUUCUUGUGGAUGAUAAGUUAAAUAUUGAUCAUACAUCCAAGCACAAGUUCAACCCCAUUAAAUCUUUCCCAAGAUUGAGAGAUUCAGAGCCAAUGGUUUCUAUGUUUGCGAAAAGAUUAGGCGCCAUCAGACAAUGUGAACAAACAGAAUAGUCUACCACUCAGGAAGAAAUCAUUAAGGGGUGGUUCCCUACCUCAAUUACAGCUGGUGCCAAUAUUCCAACUGAAGUCAAUAAUGAACAGCUUGAGUCAUUCUAUCUAUUGCGAACAAAUUUUUGUUAUUCUUUGUUUUCGAAUAUAAACAAUUGUAUAAAGGAAGCCAAAGAUGAAGAUUGAUGUUUACCCUCCCAACAUGCCUCAUCCAUCAAAGAAUUAUGGACUAGUGCAAGAAUUCUUUUUUGUAUUUGAAAUGAAAAUGUCAAUACACAUUACGAUGAAUACUUGUAUCUUAAUUACUUUUAAUGAAAGAAAUUUUGCUUA